AUGGCACAUACAGUUAGCGGGUGUUCACUGGCACUUAUUUUUAUCAUCAUGUUGCUGUUAGUUAAGGCAAAAAUAGAUGUGUGCAAGAGAGGGGAUGUGACUGUGCAGCCUUCCCAUGUCGUUUCGUUAGGAUCAGCUGUCAACAUUUCCUGCUCUUUGAAGCCCAAACAAGGCUACUUGCCAUCCUCCAGUCUUAACAAGUUAAUCCUCUACAAGUUCGACAGAAGAAUUUGUGUUCAGCAUGGUCACUCCCUCAGUUUUCAAGUCACAGGUCUUCCCCUGGGCACAACCCUGUUCGUCUGCAAGCUGGCCUACAGAAGCCGUAAGGAGAUUCGAAUAUGUGGGGCAGAGAUCUCCGUCGGUGUUGUUCCAGAACAGCCUCGAAACUUAUCUUGUAUACAGAAGGGAGAACGUGGAACUGUGACCUGUACCUGGGACAGAGGACGAGACACCCACCUGUAUACUGCAUACACUUUACAGUUAAAUGGACCAAAAAAUUUAACUUGGCAAAAGCAAUGUAAUGAUCACUAUUGUGAUCAUUUGGACCUUGGAAUCAACCUAACCCCUGAAUCACUUGAAUCUAGUUACACAGUCAAAGUUACUGCUAUCAAUAGUCUUGGGAGUGCUUCUUCAUUUCCAUCCUCAUUCACAUUGUUGGACAUAGUGAGGCCUCUUCCUCCGUGGGACAUCAGAAUCAAAUUUGUAAAUGCUUCCGUGAACAGGUGUACCCUUCUGUGGAGAGAUGAGGGACUGGUGCUGCUCAAUCAACUCAGAUAUCGGCCCAUUAACAGCAGAUCCUGGAAUAUGGUUAAUGCCACAAAUGCCAAAGGAAGAUAUGACUUGCUGGAUCUGAAACCCUUUACAGAAUACGAAUUUCAGAUUUCCUCUAAGCUACAUCUUUAUAAAGGUAGUUGGAGUGAUUGGAGUGAAUCUUUGCGAAUACAAACACCAGAAGAAGAGCCUAUUGGGAUGUUAGAUGUCUGGUACAUGAGACAGCACAUUGACCACAAUAGACAACAGAUUUCUCUUUUCUGGAAGAAUCUGAGUCUAUCGGAAGCAAGAGGAAAAAUCCUCCACUAUCAAGUGAACUUGCAGGAGGUGGCAGGAGGGGAAAUCACACUACAGAACAUCACAGAAGACACCUCCUGGACCUGGGUCAUUCCCAGAACUGGGACCUGGGCUGUGGCUGUGUCUGCAGCUAACUCGAAAGGCAGUUCCCUGCCCACUCGCAUUAACAUAACGGAUCUGUGUGGGGCAGAGUUGCUGGCUCCUCAACAGGUCUUUGCAAAGUCAGAGGGCAUGGACAAGCUCAUGGUGAUGUGGACACCUCCAGAGAAAGCUGCUGCUGCUGUGCAGGAAUACGUGGUGGAGUGGAGGGAGCUCCACCCAGGGGGUGGUAUGCAGCCCCCUCUUGGCUGGUUGUGGAGUCCCCCCUACAGACUGUCUGCUCUGAUUUCAGAAAACAUAAAACCCUACAUCUGUUAUGAAAUCCGCGUGCAUGCACUUGCAGGGGACCAGGGAGGGUGCAACUCCACCUGGGGUAACUCCCAGCACAAAGCACCACUGAGUGGCCCCCACAUUAAUGCCAUCUCAGAGGAAAAAGGGAGCGUUUUAAUUUCAUGGGAUGAAAUUCCAGCCCGGGAGCAAAUGGGCUGCAUCCUCCACUACAGGAUAUAUUGGAAGGAACGGGACUCCAACUCCCAGCCUCAGUUUUGUGAAAUUCCCUAUAGGCUCUCCCCAAAUUCACAUCCCAUAGACAGCCUGCAGCCCAGAGUGACAUAUGUUCUGUGGAUGACAGCUCUGACAGCUGCUGGUGAAAGCCCCCAAGGAAAUGAAAGAGAAUUUUGUCUGCAAGGUAAAGCCAAUUGGAGCGCAUUUGUGGCACCAAGUAUCUUCAUGGCUGUCAUCAUGGUGGGCAUUCUCUCAAUGCGUUGCUUCCGACAAAAGGUAUUUGUUCUCCUUUUGGCCCUCAGACCUCAGUGGUGUAGCAAAGAAAUUCCAGAUCCAGCAAAUAGCACUUGGGCCAAGAAAUAUCCUAUCGUGGAGGAAAAGACACAGCUGGCCUUGGAUAGGCUCCUGACAGACUGGGCCACUCCUGAAGAACCUGAGCCCCUGGUUAUCAACGAAGUCCUUUGUCGAGUGACACCAGUCUUCAGCCUUCCCCAUCACCCCAGCUGGUCAGAAAAGGGACAAGGAGUCCAAGGUCACUAUACCUCUGAGGAAGACACAGGGUACAGUGCCUCGAGCCCACCACCUCCAAGGGCUCUCACAGCAGAGAUAGGACAAGGCGUGGACCUAUACAAGGUUCUAGGGAGCAAGGGCCCUGACUCAAAGCCGGGAAACCCAGCCAGCCCCUUGACCAUCCUCCCAGUGGACUACCUUCCUACCCAUGAGGGCUACUUACCCUCCAACAUGAAUUAUCUCCCUUCACAUGAGGCUCCCAUAACUGAUCCUCUGGAAGAACUGCCUCAGCACAUCUCUCUUUCCAUUUUCCCCUCAAGUUCCCUUCGCCCACUUACCUUCUCCUGUGGUGAGAAGUUGACUCUGGACCAGUUAAAGAUGGGGUGUGGCUCCCUCAUGCUCUGA